CCUGGACGGCCUAUCGUCGGUUGCUCGUUGACAUAAAUAUUUCUUCUUAUUAUUUUUUCUUUAGAAAGGUUGUUGAGACCGAAGGAGCAUAUUAAUAAGCGUUAAGGUUUUAUAAUUGAGAAAUGCUGGUUUAAACAUAGAUAUUACAUACAUUUAUAAGAAGAUAUAAGCAGAACGCUCCAAUGACUUAAAAGGACGGUGACAGUGCCAGCAAGAUGGACCGUUCACAUAGAGCACUGCUGCUCCAGUUCCUGGUGUGCAUGGUCUCUCACUGCUACCCUAUUGAAUUCUGCUGCGGGAGAGCGUACCCAGAGUCUCCAGUGUUGGAGUUGGACCGGGAAUUCACAGCCACGUGUGUUCUGUCCGAGCUGGGAAAGAGAGAGACCAGAGCCACCGCCGACGACAUGUUCUGGGAGUUCAAGAAUGUGCGGGUGCCCAAAGAGCGCUACAGCAAAAUUAACGACUCGGCCAUCAGCAUGACCGUCAACGUCACAAAGGAGCUGCAGAGACCGCUCAAGUGCCAAGUUCAGACGCGCUAUCCCUCACAUAAUCCCCCCGUCAAGACAGUGCAUGGCCUGUUUUUCACUGUGGGGUAUCCCCCCGAAAAGCCAGACCAUCUGUCAUGCACCCUGCCCCAGUCUGGUAGUGGCAUUUCCCCCACCAUGACCUGUAACUGGGUCCCCGGAGAGAGAGACCCCAUUCUGAACACCAAUUACACGUUGGUUGUCGAUGAAAGUAUAAAUAAAAUAAUUCACAGAAGCGCUGCAGGCAAAAAAAGUGGGAGUGUAACCUUCGAUACCCUGCCGCUGUUCACUGAGCUCAGUGUGAUUGUGGAGGUGGAGAACCAGCUGGGGAAGGUCCAAUCAGAAGAGCUGAGGGUGUAUCCAGAAAACUUGUUGAAACUCAACCCCCCAAAGGAUGUGGAGGUGGUCUCUGAGCCUGGGUUCCCCACAUCUCUGCUGGUGCGCUGGGAACACCCCAUCGAUAUAGAGCCCUACAGUCUCACCCUGAACUACAGCAUCCGCUACUGCGCUGUGGAGUCCCAGGUGUGGUCACAGGUCCCUCCUGAUGAUUCUGUAAGCAACAUAAAGUCUUUUAGACUGCAGUACCUGGAGUGCUACACAGAGUACGUGGUUCAGGUGCGCUGCAUGAACAAGAACGGGGGCCACUGGAGCGCGUGGAGCCAGAACGUCACGAAGCGCACGCCUGAAGACAAACCCUCCAGUCAGCCAGACUUAUGGAGAGUCAUCACAUCACCUGAAGGAAACUCCCGGAAGCGUGUUAAGCUGCUAUGGAAGGAUCCUGUGCAUUCCAAUGGCAUAAUACUGGGGUACAACCUCACCAUACGGAAUGUGGACGCAAUCAAAAUCUUGGAACUCGGUUCCGGCAUUGUAGAGUAUGUACUUGAUAACGUGGAAGGUCGCUGGGUCAUUCAUCUGAGGGCGCGUAAUUCCUUAGGAUUGUCCCCGCCUACCUUUCUUGUAAUCCCUCAUGCGUCCCCAGAGCCUUCCCCAGUGACGACAGUGACGUGGCGGUCCCAGAACCGCAGCCUUUACGUGAAUUGGGAGUGCAUGGGCCAGAGCCCCACAGAGUUUGUGCUGGAGUGGGUCCACAACGGGACCAUCGGCUGGCAGAGAGAGCCAGGGAACAGCAGUAGCGCUGUAAUCAAAGGUGCCCUUGAGAAGUACAAGCGUUACAACGUAUCCGUGUACCCGGUGUACAACUGGAAGCCAGGGACGCCUCUAUCCACGGCCGCAUACGUCGAACAAGGAGCUCCUACAGAAAAGCCGGAGGUGACGCUGAGUAACAUCGGGAAGACGGACGUGAAGCUGGAGUGGACGGCACCUCCUGAGGACAAGCUGCGUGGCUUUGUCACCAAGUACACCGUAAUAUACAGGACGGGCAAUGUGGAGAAAUCGAUAGUUCUUCCUCCUUCUGCGCUGUCCUACAACCUGAAAGAACUCUACAGCAGUAGUAGUUAUAAGGUGUCGGUGACGGUGUCCACAGUGGCUGGGUCCUUAAAUAGUGUUGAGUCCACCUUCAGUACUCUUAAGUACGCGUCGGGGGAAAUUGAGCUGAUCGUGGUGCUCACUUGCCUGGGUUUCCUGUUCUUCACUGUGCUGACGCUGCUACUCGGUCUUAACAACAAGGAAAUGAUCAAGAAGCACAUCUGGCCCCAGGUUCCAGACCCUUCCAACAGCACCAUCGCGAACUGGUCCCCCGACUUUCCAUCGAGGCCCGAAACCCCGAAGGAGGGCAGCCUGACGGAUGUGAGCGUGGUGGAGGUGGACCUGUUUGAGAAGAAGUCUCUGGGCGAGGAGGACAAGACGUCUCUGCCCCUGAAGAAGGACAAGUACCUGUCUGAGGAGCACAGCAGUGGCAUCGGCGGCUCGUCCUGCAUGUCGUCGCCCAGGCAGAGCGUGUCGGACAGCGACGAGGGCGACUCCGGCCAGACCACAGCCAGCACGGUGCAGUACUCCUCCGUGGUGGCCAGCGGCUACAAGGGCCAGACCCCCGGGCAGCCCCCGCCCGUCUUCGCCCGCUCCGAGUCCACCCAGCCGCUGCUGGGCAGCGAGGAGCACCUGGACGAGCCCAGCCAGGCCCCGAGGUGUCCCAGGAACCCGUACUUCAGGAGGGCGCGGGUGGCGGACGAGGCCGGGGAGGCCCCGCUGAGCCUGCGGCAGAUGGACAUCCCGGAGCACGGUUCCCUGGGCUUCUGUCCCGCGGAGGAGGGGUCCCAGCAGACCACGCCCGCCGCGGAGGGGCCCGCAGGCCCCGCCCCCUCCUACAUGCCCCAGCGGAACGGAUACCGGCCGCAGUGAGGGCCGUCUCCAGUUCUUUUCAACCUUCGUUGUCAGUGAUCGCACAGUGCCUAUGUUUUAGGGUUUUAUUAUCGUCGCCCAUUGACAUGCCAAUUUCAAGGGGAAUUAAUCAUUUCAAUUUUCUGAACUGUAUAUUUUCAGGAGGAACUCAAUUUUAUGACAAAAUACGAAAAAAAAAAAAAAAGUGUAUAUAUAUAUAUAUAUAUAUAUAUAUAUAUAUAUAUAUAUAUAUAUAUAUAUAUAUAUGCGUGCGGUUAAAGAAUAUCCACAAACUGUCCACAAAUAUGCAGAUUUGCAAAUCCCUAUAAUCAGAUCAAGGAAUGUAGACCUAUAGGUCAGAAAUGUUCUUAUUACCAAGUAUGUAGUAUUUAAUGAAUAGAUGUCCAUGUAACGUUCUAAUGUGUUUCAACCUGAAUGAAAUGUGUGUAUGGCCAUUGUGAUGAUAAAUAUAUAAAAGCAAACAUUCUUUGAUGUUUUUACAUUCAGUUACACUCAUAAAAGUGUAACUGAAACUAUGGCUCUUUAAGGGUGAUAUUGCUCUCAACAAAAGCUAUAUACAGUUUUGUUUGUACAGUAUUUGAAUUGGCAAAGAGCUACCUGCAUCUUGCAAUCUAUAAAAUAGACAAGGCUUCAAGCAACGGUGAAAGAUACAGCGUUGUGAUGAAGUGAAGCUGACCUGGGCUUUCCGGGCAGUGUGCUGAGGGGGAAAGGUUCAGGAGCAGUGGUUGUAAUGUGUAAUUAAUGUCAUUAAUUUCCUCAUGUCCAUGACUCAUAUCACAUGGGAUGCAAUAAGCUUGCAGCUUUUUUGGACUGACAGUGAUGUAAUUUUCUGGAAUCCCUAGCUGCAGUUGCUUUUGUCCGUGUUACACAGCCUCCCGUGCAACUGUGGUGGUCGUGAAAGAGUGAAAAUGAACUGUUAAGUACAAUUAGGAUUUACUCCUCUUUCUCUUGCUGCUUGCUGGCCAGCAUUUUAACCUCCACACCUCUGCGAUAACAAUAAGAUGCUGCAUUUUCAAGGAAUGAUGCAAGUUACUGAUAUGCUAAAAUGACUUUUCUCAGUCUUUCUGUAAGCUCACUGAUAAACAACCUAAGAAUUGUAUUUUUAGGUUUUUAUUUUAUCUUCCAGUAAACACUAAUGUUUUGGACUAAACACAAACUGUUGCAUGUUGCCAAUACUUUUCACUGCAUGCCUUAUGUUACAUAAACAUUUAAAUAUGUGAACUAUUCGUUGUAAAUAUGUGUGUUUUUACAAGCGUCUUUAACUGUGCACAAAUCUGUCCACACUAUUAAAAUGCAAGGCUGAUACACACCAGCCUGAGACUCUUGCUUUGGAUCAGUAGGCUGUGGCAGUUUUAACUGAUCGUGUCAUGCAUCUGAAAAUGUGUCCAAUCUUCUGUGUGAGAACCUAUACAGCUACAGUAUGGAAUAGGCAUGUCCCUUUGAGCCCAUCAAUGUACAUGCAAAUAGAAUCUUUGUGUGUGAAUUA